AUGUCGAUCGCUGAAGAUCUCAAGGAGAUGGGCUUUGCUUCUGACAAAGUAGAACAAGCUGUCAGAGCUGCCGGAGAUUCACUCGAGCAGGCCAUGGAGUGGAUUUUAGCACACCAGGAUGAGCCUUCAACUUCGGCGGCUACGGCCGGAGCUGUGGCAACGCCUUUCGCUGCCGAAGAAAAAGACAAAGCCCAAGAAGAAUCCGCGGCGGAAGCCCCAGCAGCUGAGGUCCGAUCAAUGAGAUGUGAUGAUUGUCAAAAGUUGUUCCCGAACGAGGACGCUCUCGUGUUUCACGCAUCGAAAACGGGACAUUCGAACUUCUCCGAGAGCACGGAACAAGUGAAACCUAAGUCUCCCGAAGAAGUUAAAGCACAACUCGCUGCCCUCGAAGCGAAAAUAAAAGAAAACAGACGAAUCAGAGAGGAGAAAGAACGACAGGAAGCUCUGGACCGCGAGAAAAACCGACGGACUCACGGCAAAGAAAUUGUGGAAUUGCGUCAAAAAUUCAAGGAUGACGAGAUGAAACGCGAAGUGGAAGCUCGCCGCCGGGAGAAAGAGGCCGAUGCUCUAGCCCGCAAACGAGUAUUGGAACAGAUAGAGAGAGAUCGCGAAGAGCGAAGACAGCGGCAGGCGGGCGCGGCCGCAGCACCGAAAUCCACAGCGGCACCCGCACCGAUCGCCGUCUCGGCCCCUGCGAAAGAGUAUGCCGAAACACGGAUCCAAAUAAGAUUAACCGACGGAAAAAUAAUGAACCAGUCCUUCAGAGCGGAAGAUAGUUUGGCAAUUGUUCGUUGCUAUAUCAUAACCAAUCGCACCGAUGGAGACGUUCCUUUCCAACUCAUGACAUCCUUCCCGAAAAAGGUUUAUGGAGAGGAGGACAUGUCGAAGACUCUGAAGGAUCUCAAAUUGGUACCGUCAGCUGUUUUGAUCCUCAACAAGUCGGAAUCUGUUCAGGCCUACUAA